UAUGAAAUUAUGCAACAAAGAGCAUACAGCAAUGCUAGGCUGGCUGUGAUUAACACAGCCUAACUGACCCAUUUAGCGGACAGAUGCUAAGGAGAAAGAAGCACUGAAUAUAAUAUGGGGAUUGCAAAAGCAUGAAAAGGCUGUUAUCACUUGGGACAUGAAGAUUAUGGACAGAUCAGCACCAGUAGCUGCUGCAUGGGCAUGCCAGGGCGUGCUGUGCCUUGGAUUGUAUUUGCUGGAAGAUGUGAAGGGGGUCUGAGUGGUGCCAGCAUUUUUUUGUCCCUUCUCUGGGCAACAGGCAUGGGGUUCAGUGUCCAAGUGCAGCGCUCACAAGGGCUGAGCUGGCACCAAGUCCCCAUGAGUCCCUAGAGACUCCAGUGAGGGUUCCAAGCCCCCCACCCCAGUGCAUCCCUGUGUCUGAGCUCACUGGGUACUUGCUUUCUCCAUCCCUGGAAGGAGGUUGUGGUGGGGUGGAGUUCAGCCUUUGCUCCCAGGUAACAGUAAUAGGUGUUGAGGUGAUGGCCUCAAGUUCUGCCAGAGCAGGUUUGAGUUGGAUAUCAGAAACAAUUCCUUCUCCCACAGAGCAGUGAUGCAGUGGCACAGCUGCCCAGGGACGGGGGGAGUCCACAUCCCUGGGGGUGUCCCAGAGCCAUGGGGAUGUGGCACUGAGGGCCGUGGGCACAGUGGGGGUGGGCUGAGUUGGACUUGGGGAUAUUGGAAGUCUUAUCCAACAUUAAUGACUCUUAUUCUAUGAUUCUGUGAUCUUAGGUGUGCAGGAUAUAUCCACAGGAAAACCAAGCCUUGUGCAGGUGAACACAAGUGUACCAGCAGUGAACAUCUUUGUGAAACAGAACUAUGGGAUUAGGAAUUUUUCGGCUGAGCACCACGCUUAGCUCUGCAGCUACAGAUGCAGCGUUGCCCCAACUGACAUCCUUGGCUGUUCGUCGUAGAGGCUUUCUGGGCUGUGGGGUCAGAACCAAGUUUUGUUUACUAGCAAGAAUCACGUCUGAAGAGCUGCUCUGGGAGGGAGAUGAGGGCUGUGCUGGGACCCCCACCCCAAAAUCUGCGAGCAGCACAGAGCGAGGAGGCAGGAGCCCGCCCCCGGCAGCGAUGCGGAGGAGGAGGGCGAGAAGGAGGAGGAGGGGGGAGAAGGAGGAGGAGGAGGAGGAGGGAGCCCCGGCUCCGGCACGAGGCCGGGCGGAGCGAUGUGCGAGCAGGCGGCGCGGUACUGCCGGGCCGGCGUGCACAGGCUGCUGCGGAAGCCGGCGCCGGCGCUGCGCGGGCUGGACGGGCUGCUGCGCUGGGUCGGGGCCAGGAUGAGCGACAAGGGCGUCGCCGACAGGGAGCUGCUCACCUCGGGAGCCUCCGCGCAGAGGAAGGGCACCUCCGUCAUCCUCGAUAUUUUUAGAAGAGCUGACAAAAAUGAUGAUGGGAAGCUGUCCCUGGAGGAGUUCCAGGCCUUUUUUUCUGAUGGGACGCUCAACGAGGAGGAACUCGAGAAGCUCUUCCACACCAUCGACUCAGACAACACAAACAAUGUGGACACGAAGGAGCUGUGUGACUAUUUUGCCGAUCACAUGGGAGACUACGAAGACGUCCUGGCCUCAUUGGAGACUCUGAACCUCUCCAUCCUGAAGGCAAUGGAUUACACCAAGCGCGUCUAUGAAAGCGGCAGCAAUGUGGACCAGUUUGUCACCCGCUUCCUGCUGAAGGAGACGGCCAACCAGACCCAGUCACUGCUCAGCUCGGUGGAGAGCGCCGUGGACGCCAUUGAUGAGCAGACCAACCCCUCCAGGCAGUGCCCUGGCCCAGCUGGCCUCGCGCUGACAGAGUCCUGGUAUGACAGUCCUGUGCCCAGCUACGCGCCCCCCGGCCGGAUCGUGCCCCGGGGCCACGGGAAGAGCAGCCAGAGCGGUGCCCCCGAGCCCAGGCAGGACGGGCUGGAGGGGCAGAUCGGCAGGCUGGCCGCACUCAUUGGCAGGCUGGAGGACAAGACUCUCUGGUUUGACCUGCACCAGCGGCUGUCGGACAGCGAGAGCACAGCUUGCACGUACCUCCUCCUGGUGCGGGAUGAGAUGACGGUGUCACACAAGCACCUGGGCGAGUUCUGCAGCUCCCUGAAGCAGUACCUGAAGAGCGUGGCCGGGGAGCGGGACUGCUUCCAUGUGACUGCAGUCAAGCUACCCGACGGAGUCACCUUCAUCAUCUAUGAGUUUUGGGAGACCGAGGAGGACUGGAAGAGCCGCCUGGUGCACCCUGAGCCAAGACUGACCGUGCGGGGAUCUGGCUGUGCCCCCCACCCCCUGCCAGGCGCUGUCCCCCCCAUUGUGUUGGCCAGAGGGGAGUGUGAUUGUCACCUGUCUGCAGCAAAGGAACUCUCCUUGUCCCCCUUCAGCAGCACCUCACCCUCAGCUUCCCCACUCCUGGGGCACCUCUUCCUACAUGGGGAGGGCUCUUUGGGGCCUUGGAAGGGGUGGUGAUGAUGUGGAUAUGGUGGGAGCAGAGCCCUCGGUAUGCAGAAAGUGUGUAUUGGGGUCUCUGAUGGGUAGACCCAACAGAGGGGAGGGAAGAGGGAUGGAGAUCUGCAGGGCACAUGGGGCCCUAGUGGAGUGGAGGUGGGUGCCUUGCAGGCCCCAGGGUGGCUGCUCCCCCAGCCCCGGGGUCUAUAAGUCUGUGUGUGCUUGUCUGUCUGUGUCUGUGCACACUCUGCCCCACCCUGCCCAGCCCCAUGGGGGGAUGAGAGGGCCUCACAAGGUGUCCCCCCCUCUACCCAAGCAUUUAUUAAUGAUAGAACAACAGAAUUGAUGAUACUGAAUAAACCAUGACGGGAGCCA